AUUCAUUUAAAACGGGCUUACAUACUAAUAAACAAUGAGUUGGAAUAAGCGGAACACUAGUCAAAGAUCAAUUUACGACUACCCUGAACAUUUAAAUCCCUUCUACGAAGAUGACAACCAUAAACGGCUUAGAUUUUUUGGAUUUAGCAAAAAGAAGAACGAAAAUGGCAGGCAUAGUUUAUCAAUCGGAAACUUGCAGGAACUGUGGAAAUCAUAUUCAUUUCGUAAAAAGAAGUCUUCUACACUAGGAAUAAAUAAAACAUCAGAAAGCCCGCCGAUGCUUAGACGAGAUUUAAAUGAUAAUUCCUAUUUAAAUUCUAGAGUUUUUCGCGGUGACCGUCAUACAUCCCUCCAAAAUAUCGAUGCAAGAAGAGAGUCCGACACAAUCUCUAAUGGAAUGUUCUUCAAUCGUAACGAUCGGUACCGCAGCACAACGCAGUUUUCUGGAUAUCCCUCGCCAAACCAUCAGAAUAUGAGAUUAUCACAAACUAGUCUGGCCAGCUCAAAUCCUUUCGAGUCGCAACCGGAUUCAUGUCCCAACUCCCCACUGAGUGCUAGAAGAUAUCGUAAGAAGAGGAGAGCUCCACCGCCGCCAAAACUAGUGGUCCAGGAUUAUCUAGCUACCAAAGACAUUGAGUCUCUAGCCUCUGAAAUUGAAGAGUUUGUCAACAACAGAUCCGAAUCUUUAAUAAAACCAGAAGUUGGAAAGGAAGUCCCAAAAGCAAAUCAACCAAAUAUUUCGGUUACAGCACCGACCCCCGAUAUCGAACUAAGCGCCAGCAGCACAUCCAAAAUAAAACACACUAAUAAUGCAAAGCAAUCCAAUGAAACACGCACAGUCAUUGAAAAGAAUAAUGUCACUAUCCUCGACUCGGAUUUGGAUACCAAACCUAACACACGCACCUCCCCAGCACCACAGUGGAUUGGCACAGUUCACUUAAAGCAGACAAACGCAGCUGAAAUAUCAAUCACAUCCAAGGAGGGUAAAAAAAUCACUUCACUUAAUACGGCUAGUCAACAUAACUCCUGCACUUCCGAAACUCCUGAGUGCAUUGCCAGCGUACACAUAAAGCAAUCCUCUGAACCAAAACCAAAUAAUGAUCUUCACACUCAACCGGAGGAGACAAAAGUCAACAAAAAGCCAAAUGGCACCAUACAUGUUGGAGCCAGAGAAGAGUCUUUAGUUAUAAAUGGCAUUUCAAAAGAGUCCCACAAUCAAAACCAUAAACCAGAGAUUGUAAAACAAUCAGUCAUUUUGGUGGAAUCUGAAAGCAAUACUAAUCCUUGCACGUCCAAAGCUCAGACCAUUGUUAAUAAUAAUGUAGUUCUUCCACCGAAUGAAAGCACCUAUAUAGAAGAUAGAAAAACUAAUUCAUUUGGCACGGUCAAACAAAUUUCACAGAUUUUUGAAGAGAACAUUAGUUCCUGUGGUCCCAACAAUAUUCCCAAAAAAAAUACAGCAGAUAGCAUCAUUGUCAAUGGUGCUAGAUCAAAGAUUGAAGAAAACCAUUGCGUUUCAAACGCAAUUCAACCAAAUCCAGCUGCAACUGGCGAAGUAUUGCAAAUAAGAGAAGAUUUUGAGUUGGAGAAUGAAGUAAGAAUUGCUGAGAGGCAGAUAAACGAUCGCUUCAGAUCUUCAAUCUCAGAGGAUCGCGAAUCGAAUUCCACACCGACCCCGCGAAUGAGGAAGAAGAAGUCCAUUAAGGAAGUGCUAGAGUCUAUAAGCAGAAAUCAAAAGAUUUUAAACGAAAGUGCGGCCAAGGGCACAAAAGUGUACUUAACUCCCUCCUAUGCUGAAAAUAGAUACAACUAUCCCAAUGAGCUAAAUAACGUUAAUAGUACAGCCCCCAAGGAAGUGACGUCUGCCAACAUUUCGGUUAGCACAUCGGAUACCAAUGAAUCACCAACACAAAGGGACUUGUUUAUAAGCAAAAUAAGCAAGUUCAAGGGUCAAAUUAGAGAGUCAUCGCCAACUUCGUCGAACUUAGAUUGGAACCCUUUACCGAAGCCAAGUCGGUCCCAUAAUUUAGCUAGUUCUAGUUACAACAACGGCUCGUGCUAAGGAGCUUAAUUAAUAAUGCUAUAAACAAAUUAAUAUUUAUAUCAAACAAAAACCAAAUUUUUAUGCAAUAAAACAAACGUACUUAUAACCAA